GCUUUUCUAUAGAUUUUUACUGGGAAUACAAACAAGGAUGGUGUUGUGACAAACACCCUGGCAGUACCAACCAAGGCUAAGUUUGUAGGAUUUUACCCUACAAAAUAUAAUGGCUUUCCAGCUAUGAGGGUUGAAGUGUAUGGUGUACCUGUUGUAUGUGGGAAACCAUUUGGUCUCGAAAGGGGUGGCAACUUGGGGAAUAUCGUGGUAACAGCAUCAUCUAAAGUAGAUGACUCCCAUGAUGCAUCUGAUGGACGUCUCUAUGGUGAUGCGUCAUGGUGCAGUAGUACCUCAUCAAACUCAGAGUACAUACAGAUUGACUUUAGGAAGAUGGCUACACUGACUGGUAUAGCUACACAGGGUGACCACAUCGAUGAUAAAUGGGUGAAGACUUACAUCCUUAAGUACAGUUUUGACGGAAGUCAAUGGAAUGAUUACAGAGAUGGCGGAAAUAAUGCAAAGGUUUUUCAGGGCAAUUCUGAUAAGAGUGGCAUUGUUGUUAGAUGGUUGAAUCGUACAACCACAGUCAGAUUCAUCAGAGUUCAUCCCCAGACCUGGAAUAGUGAUAUAUGCAUGAGACUAGAACUGUUUGGAUGCCCAUCGCCUUCGACCCUGAAAAUAUCAGAAUUAUCAAAUAAAAACCUUACAGCGUCAAGUGGCAGUUCUGUUACUUUAACUUGCAAGGUACAAGAACCCUUAGUACAGUCCAUUGAAUGGAGCAUUGACGGUAAAGUUGUAACAGAUCUCUCAGGUGGUAUUGAGCGUGACGCAACUUCAGUCAAGUCUUCACUGCUUGUAAACUACACCAGUGCUGCUCGUGUGUUCGCAGAUAGUACUCGAUGCUCGAAAGAAGCAAAGUUUGUAAUAUGCAGAAGAAAUAUAGUGUGCAAAGUAAGAUAUACGAAGAACAGCAACUCUGGAGAGUCCAUCCAAGGUGCAGAGGUCCAGAUUCGUCUUGAUUAUCCAUUUGCUCCUUCAUUACAGCCUAUUAACAUCAUUUCCACCAAGUCAAUAAAAAUUCGUUGGACAAUAGCUUCUAAAACGGAAUCACAAGAAAAUGUCGAUAAUUUUCUCAUAAAGUACUGGAACCACACAAUAGGAAACACGAUGAGUGUGACAAAAAAUCUUAGAAGCUCUGAUGUAUCUGGUUUAUCAGCUUGUACUCGCUAUAAUGUCUCAGUCAAGGCUGUAAGUCGUCUAGGUGAUGGACCAUGGAGUAACACUUUAAGCUUUAGAACAGAAUCUGCAUUACCUAUACCUCCCUCUGGUGUUGGUAAAAAGUCGAAAACAUCUCAAAGUAUUCAUGUAGAAUGGCAGGUUCCUGCUGGAAUCAGAUGUCCACCCAAUCGAUUCCGAAUUUCCUACUCAACUUCAAAAGGGGGAACUUGGACGGAAAAAAUUGUCAAUGGUGGCAAGACCACUUCUUAUGACAUUCAAAACCUGGCGAAAUGGACAGAUUAUUACAUAAAGGUUGAAGUUGGCAACGAAAAAGGAUAUAGUUCACCAAGUCUUCCUAUAAAGGAGCGUACCGCAGAAGAUAAGCCAGAUGCACCACCAACUAAUUUCAAAGCAACUGCUGUCAGCUCUACAAGUAUCCGCCUUACAUGGGACUUUCCUGUAAAAGACAAACGAAACGGUGUCAUUCAAGGUUUUAAGAUGUCAUAUUGUAAGACAAAUGACUGCCUUACACGAGCAAGUAAGGACCUGACAAAUAAUAGUACACUUGACCAUCUUUUUGAUAAACUGGAAAUGUAUACUGAAUAUUCCUUCAAAAUUCUGGCGUACACUUCUAAAGGAGACGGUCCUGAUUCAAACGAAGUUAUAGAGAAAACCCUCGAAGGACCACCUUCAGCACCUCGAAAUAUAAUGACGAAAAAUAUUGCACCAGGUGGUUCAUUUGGACCUCGACUCCAAGUAUCUUGGGACGUUCCUUCAGCUUUGAAUGCAAAGUACAUAAGAAACUAUAGUGUUUCCUACAAAAAAACUCCGGACGGCAAGAUCAUUAUAACUGCUUUAAAUGACAACAAGACAACGACCACUUUGGAUGUAUGUGGCGAAGUCAAUUAUGAAAUCAAAGUCUGGGCUCAUACUGUUGCUGAUGGUGAUAAGGCACGGAAGGAUGUGGCAACCAAAAUUUAUGCGCCUAUGGAAGUGCCUUCUGGUUUGAAGUCUGACGAGCACAACACAUCGACUUUCAACAUUUCAUGGUCACCAAUACCGUCAACCGAAGGUCGCAUCCUCAUAUAUGAAUUAUCAGUACUUCGGUUUAACAGUACUUCUAGACUAUCGAAUCUUCAAACGUUUAUAAACGUGACUUGCCCUGAAGUAGCCUGUCGAGGAUCCGCAAGACAUCGAUGUAGUCAUGUUCUUCAUAAUCUCCCUCAAUGUGCUAAGUUUAAUGUGAGUGUGCGUGCAUACACAGGCAAAGGACAUGGAAAAUUUACCGAAGACUUUACUUUAGAAACAUCAGUUCCAGGACCUUCAAGGGAGCUUAAAACAGAAAAUAUUGGUAAAAAUUCAGUCAGGCUGACUUGGCUUGAACCUCAACCACUUUCAAAGCCAGUUCUAAAGUACACGAUCAAGUAUUUUGGAAAAAAAGAAUAUGACUUUUAUGGGGAAAAGACAUUUGAUGGUGAAGAAGAAACCAAGAUGACAAGUCUAACAAUCACCGGUCUUUAUCCUGCUACGAAAUAUAGAUUCAUAGUUUCGGCAGCAACGGAAUGUGCUGAAAAGGGAGAAUACAGCRAACCUGCAUUUGCUGAUACAGAAACUGGAGCUCCACCUGCUCCGACGAAAGGUGACAUUUCGACUAUAAGUGGUACUGUUGCGAACAUCACACUGUGGAAGAUAUCUGCCAUCAAUGGUCUUAUAAGCGAGAUCUUGGUAUUUGUGGAAAAUGUUCAAAGUGGUCAGAAAAAAAGACGGUCCAUUUCAGACUGUCAGGCCAAAGCAAGCGAAGCAUAUAAAUUAGGCCCGAGUAAAAGAUUCUUCACACUUGGAGAUGGCAAAAUGUAUGGAGAAAAGAAAAACGAAGAACUUAGUCAAGGAGAAGAGUAUAAAGUUUAUCAAUGUGGGGUGACAAGGAAUAAAAAGCAGAAACCUUUAUAUGGAGGGAUGGUCAUGAUUGCCAAGGGAAAAGUACCAAUAAAGGAUGAUAAAUCGACUCAAUCAGGCAAUCCUGGCGGCRGCUCCGAUACUCCAUUGGUAGUUUCAUUGGUGGUUGUUUUUAUGGUGAUUAUUAUUGUUGCCGCUAUUGUUGGUGUAAUAUUCUGGAGAAAAAGACGCAACAACCAAGCGAAUGAUGACAUGAAGCUUAAUAACAUGGACGAUAUCCAGCAAAAGAAUAGGGGUGUGAUUGAAAGAGGAGAAGUGUCCACUCAUGCUAAUGCUGGAUAUGUUCAUAAUGAUAACGGGAGCCCUGAAGUUUGUGAUGAUGAAAAUGCAGACCUGUAUGGAAAUGCUGAGGCAAUACGACACCAACCCAUUCACGCCAAUAAGUUUAACCAGUAUGUGAAUGACAGGGCGGAUUCUCUUAAAGACGAAUUCAAGCUUCUCUCCAGUGGGCAACUGUUUCCUUGGACGGCCGCAAAGGAUCCUAAAAACAAACCAAAGAACAGAUAUGCAAAUAUCAUCACAUAUGACCACUCGAGAGUUGUUCUACAAGAUACAUCUAAUGGCUCAGACUAUGUCAACGCCUCGUACAUCCACGGAUUUGACGGCACUCCUAGAACUUACAUUGCAACGCAAGGACCCAAUCCGGUUAGUGUUCCAGAUUUUUGGCAGAUGGUGUGGCAGGAAAACAUCAAGACCAUUGUCAUGCUUACUAAUUUGAUAGAAGCGGGAAAGGUGAAGUGUCAUCAGUACUGGCCGGACAAGAAGGAAACUAACGGUAAAUUYACAGUAACMCUACAUCGCACUGACACGAUGGCCGACUAUGUUGUCAGGGUCUUAAUCGUCUGCAAGGAUGGAGAGACAGAGAGUCGUCAGGUUUACCAUUUUCAGUACAUUUCCUGGCCCGACAAGGGWGUGCCGCAGCAUGCCACGUCCGUGUUAGGAUUUCGUCGCAAGGCAAGGUCGCAGUACUCGUCUUGUAGUUCAACAGCACCUUUGCUUGUUCACUGCAGUGCUGGUGUUGGUCGAACUGGAGCAUUUCUGGCUGUAGAUGCGAUGAUGGAAAAAGUCAAAAAAGACAAAACAAUUGAUAUUUUCAACUAUGUCCAGUUGAUGAGAGAUAACAGAAGCACGAUGGUUCAAACAGAGGAACAAUAUGUGUUUGUUCAUCGUGCCCUACAAGAGGCCAUAACGUGUGGGAAUACAGAAAUACCMGUCUUAAAUCUGAACAUUGCUAUGGGAAAACUAGCCAAACCAAGACCAAARGAUCAACAAACUGGUUACGAGUCAGAAUGGAAGCGCUUGACUGCAAUUAGUCCUAAAGUAACCAGCGAAGUGAGCAAAGCAGGAAGACAACAGAACAACAGACCUCGAAACAGAUAUCAAGAUAUCGUCCCAUGUAGGCUUAUAGUUGUUUAAUGUCACUACAAUGUUUCGCCAUUAUGCUUUUUGAUUUAAGGAAAGGUUCAAUUAAUCU